AUGAGUCCAGAACUUCCGAUAGCUUUGCUAAAGCAAGUUCUGCUUUACCUUGAAGCUGAAGACGUCGCGCGGUGUGCACAAGUAUCAAAAAAAUGGCGAGACGCAUGUUAUGUCGAGUCACUAUGGAAAAAAUUCUGUGACGAAAGGUGGAAAUAUUGGAAAUGGAAGCCGAAUAAAGCCACGGGAUGGCGACAAAUUUUUCUUGCACGCUUGUCCACAGAUCAAUGGGCCUUCGAAGUCCUCGAUACCCUCACAUUCGGUGGUGCGCAUUAUUUGGCAAAUAUGAAAAAAUUACGACAAUUGGGUGAUAACUGCCGUGAUGUUUUGUUGUGGAUAUUGAAUCAUCCUAAUACGGCCACCCUUACACAUAGUUAUUUCGCAAAAAGAGUAUUGCAGCAUGCGCGUCGAUUUUCAGUAGUUGAAAAGUGGAAAGCAUGGCGUAAUGGCACACUCACUCUCUCAAAUCUACAUGGAUUCGCAAUGAUGGUAACGUUUUUUAAUGAACGAUUAGAUAUUGAAGACAUCGUGCAUGAAGUUGAUGAAUUGGCCGCGGAUUUCAUCGCGAUAAGUCCAGAGAAAACGCAUGAAACGCAAAUGUCAAGAUUUCAACGUCUAACGGAAUUUUUUACACGCACAUACCCAUCCGAUGCUUCCGUAUUGGACAUCGAAACAAAAUUAAUGUACAUAACUAGCCCGUUACAGGAGACCAAACAAGGUAAAGCUUGCGUGCUUGCCAUUGUUUUUGAGGCAUUGGCACAGCGAGUUGGGUUGGAGAGUGUCGAGGUGGUGGCCGAUCGUGAAAAAAAGUCGUUUCGACGGUAUCACUACAUCAGAUAUACGGAUGUGGAAUCGGGAAGUAAUGAUUAUUAUUAUAUCGAUUUUAAGAAACACUCCGAGACGGGAAUUCUGACGGCAGAUGAAUUUGAUCGACACGCAUCACAAUAUUACGGUGAAUUUUGGCCGGAAUAUAAACCAAUCCCACAGCAAACCCUAUUCAAAUUAUUUCUACACGAUUAUUUUCAAAGUCUGACGAACAUUCGAGGUUACAGUGACGAGAUUAUUUAUGGGACGGCUGUUCAACGUCAAUUCAUUUCACAUCCAGUCGUCGGCGAGGGUGAUCUGACGGCAUUGUGCGACAUAAUGAAAGUCUGGUGGUCGUUUGUCGCGACGAGAUUCAAGUAUCCCGAAGAUUAUGAGCUUGGCAGAGUGGCAUUAAGUGAGAUUGAACAAUUUAUAGGGGAAGGGACUUGGAAAGAACAUGAAAUGUGGCAAAAGUUGGCUAAUAAUGUGCAAGCAGAUAUUGAGGCUAUGGAAGCAAAUGACUCUACGGAAUGGGAUUACUCAGGAGCGUUAACUCGUGGUGGCGGAGAACGUGACCCAAAAUUCUUUAUUGGUGAUAUUGUCUGUUUUAAUAAAUUUGAUGCGUUGGGUGUUGUUUGUCGUUGGGAUCGAGCUUACGAUGCUAAUAUGGCAGAGAAUGUGGCAAAGUUUCAAUGGAUGGAUUUGGAUUCACCGAAGGAUGAACCAUUCUAUGAGGUGUUAACACUACGGGGAGUCUUUCUAUAUUGCGGUGAAAAAAGUCUAGUGAAUGAGCCGCCGAGCUCUGAUCGAUUAAAACGAAUGAUACCUAUAAAUCUCUACGGAGACUAUAUGGGUGAUGAGGAUGAUUGGGAGCUUGCGAAGGCGCUGGGCCCGAUAACUACCGAAUCGAUUGGCUGUUAUUUUGAGCGGUGGGAUAGCGAGAAUGGACGAUAUAUAAUGAACGAGGCUACGAGAAAAUGGUUUCCUGAUGGAUAG